GGGGCGCGGUCCCGCCCGCCGGGGCGCUCGGAGCGCGCACGCGCGGCUGGAGCGGCGGAAGCCCACGGAGAUACAGAAGACAGAUGAAAAAUCACCCUGUCUUGAGAGUGAGGCCUGUAUUUGUGUAGUUCUCGCUUAAUUCUGGAUUUUGCCAUCCAAGGUAUGGUUUUGAACGUGGCUGAUAUUUGUUUUGGUUUUCUAGUUAUAAAAGUGAAUAUGGUCAUGCAGGCAAAAGUGAGUUACUGAGGGAUAAAAAUUUGGAAUAUAUUUUGUUGAUAGAUGUUUUCUACUGAAUCCCUCUCACUGCUUAUUGCUCACACAUCGUACAAAUAGGUCACUCAGGAGCAAGUAUUUCAGUAAUUAAAUCUCUGUAUUUUUCAGUAAUUAAAUCUCUGUUUUGUUUGUUGAGCUGUUAUUUCCCUUUCUGAGGAAGUGUUGUGAAGUCAUGGAAUCUCUUCUGCUCUGGUAAGAUGAAAAACAGACGGAUUCUUCAGUGGUCAGCAGUGUUUGUAGCUACAUUAGUGGUUUUUUUGCCUCUAUAUUUCUAUUAGUCUGCAUGAUUUUCCCUUUGUAAAUUCAUGGUGAUUACUCCCAUUCCGUUUCUUGUCCUUCAUGUGUCUGAUAGUAGUUUCCAGGAUUGUUUCUUUUACCUUCCCAGAGACCAGGGUGGGGCUAAUAGGCCUGUAGUUGCCUGGCUCCUUCUUCUUGUCUUUGAAAACAGGAUUUUCAUUUGCACUUACUUUCUUGAAUGUCUCUGGUAUGUCGUCCAUCAGCAUAAAUCUUCCAAACAAAGAAUGACAAAACCAGCUCUCUCAGCACUCAGGCUGGCAUCUCAGCAGGUGACAUGAAAGUAUUAGGUCUAGUUCACUUAAAAAUUUGUUAAUCUGAUCCUCCCUUGCUCAGAGUAAGUCUUUGCUCCUCAACACUUUCUCACAGGUCUCAGGGACCUGGGAUUCCAGAAGGCAGGUCUUACCUAUGAAAGAGCAAGAUAAACAAGGUGCUUUGACAUUUUUGUAUGAUUUUGAUACUUUCAGCAGCAGGCUGAUGUUUCCUCUGUAGCCAUCCUUAUGCUGCUCAUGUACUUGUACAAAUCUCUCUUGAAAUUUCAUAUCCCUCAUCAAAUUCAACUCUAGGAUGACUUUGGUUUUCCUAACUCUAUCCUAGUGCACCUAAGUGGUGUUCCUGUGUCAGUUGUGUGCACACACUUGGUGCAGCCCCACUUCACCUUGGUUUGGUUGAUUAUAAGAUCUCUGUUUUCCACAUCAUCCUGCAUCUUUUGCUUGCAAGCCGUGACCACCACUUCCUUGCUCAUUCAGAGGUCUCCACCUUCCUUUGUCAUCAUUCCUUAUUUAAGCAUUCUCCAAGCCGAAUAAUUAGCCUCUUGGCAAAGAUGCUUUUACCCAUAUAAUUAUCCAUAUAAUUUAAUAUAAUUUGUUCCCUUUCACCCUCAGUUUUUGAGCCUCAUCAAGGGUUCUAUGGAUGUAAAUGCUGCACAACCACUUGCACAUUUGCAGGAUCUGUCUGCUUCUCCUGAAGUCCUCCCCCUUCAUCAGCAGCAUGAACGAGACACCACUUGGCUACUGGACUUUGGUCAGCACCCUGUUGACUGUGUAGUCAUGUUUGGUGAACUCCUGGUCUCCCCUCUGGCUCAGUCCAUGGUUCCUGAAUGGAAGAGCAGCUGAGGGUAAUAGUCUAAGGGCCAGACCACUACCAGCCGUGUAGUAGACAGUCCAUGGUAUCCAGGACCCAGCAGCCUGGCAAGCAGCAUACUUUGCCAGGUGACAGGUUGAGCCAGCAGAAGUGUCUCUGUCCCAGGAGCAGGGACCCACCACUGUUCCUUACUCCAUGCUGUUGCUCACCCCAGUAGCCCAGUAUGGGUACUGCCGUAGGACUCGGGCACAGGUGGCUCAGAGGCUUUCCUUGACAGUUUCCUUUCCAUGUGUGCUGCCAGAACUUGCUCUGUAGAUCAGAGCUGCAGGCAGAACAGGAACUGUCCUCCUGGUGCUGGAGCUUAGAGGCUUGACAUGUCCGGCUUGACAAGCUGAGGCUCUGUCUGCUUCUCUUCUUGUGGUGGGGGUUUCUGUAGCUGCAAGAACUUGGUGGGGAUCUGAAUAAUACGUGGUGGGGAUCUGAAUAGGAACACUCCUAUGUUACAUUAGAAAAUAACAAACAAAGGGUGAUAUAAAUAACACAAAGGAGAAGUGUGGGAAAAUGACAGCUUGUUUGGGUGUGAUUUUGAUUAAACAUCUAACAGAAGAAAAGAAGACAAUGAAAUUUGUGAAUAAUUUUGAAUUAAAUUUUGAAUGCAACUUAGGACAGUAAAACAUGAAACAAGUAAGCAAAACCCUUGGAAACAGAGAUGUUUGAUAAACAAAAUUUCAGUGCAGCAAGUAGAAGCUGAAAGGAAUUGAAACCAUCAGAAAUGAAACAAGAUUCCUGAAGCCCAGAAACUGGGGAAACUAAUGGGUAAGAGAGGAGAUUGGGAUUUGUGUGUGCAGUGCAGUAAUAAAAUAUGUGUAUGAAAGUAGUCUGACAAAAAAAAUAACAGCAAUAAUCCCUUCUGUGAUAGUUGUGCUGAAUGGUGGUUAGGACCUGAGUGCUGUGUUGUUAUGGAGAACAGUUUAUGAAGCUCGGAAGUUCACAUUGUAGGACUUGGUGAGGUUUCUUCAGCCUAAAACCAAAAGGAACCCAGCCCCAGUAAAGGGAUUAUCUUCCUGGGCCCUGACAAUUUAUUAUCUGUUUGUGUUCAAUGGGGCAACGAAUUCACUUUGUGGUUGACCCUCAGGGUUGGUGUUGCAUGGGCCUAAUUAUCUUCGUCUGGCUGUAUAAUACAAUCUUCAUUCCAAAGGUCAUCCUUUUUCCUCAUUAUGAAGAGGGAAAUAUUUCAGUUGUGGCAGUUUUUUGUUAUUACUUCUGCUCAUUGUUUUGUGUAGCUUCAUUAUUUAGAGCCUCAGUAGCAGAUCCAGGAAAACUACCUGAAAAUCCAAAGAUAUCAAUUACAGAACGAGAACACUGGGAGUUAUGUAACAAAUGCAAUAUGAUGAGACCAAAGCGUUCACACCAUUGCAGUCGCUGUGGACAUUGUGUGAGGAGGAUGGAUCACCACUGUCCAUGGAUUAAUAAUUGUGUUGGUGAAGACAAUCACUGGCUGUUUUUACAGCUGUGUUUCUACGCCCAGAUCCUUAGUUCCUAUACGCUGAUACUUGACUUCUGCCAUUACUACUACUUUUUGCCUCUGAAAAAAGAAAACUGGGAUGUGUUUGUAUUUAGACAUGAACUUGCUCUCCUAAGAAUAUCUGCCUUCAUGGGUCUAAUAAUAUUCGGUGGAAUAAGUCGACUCUUUUACACUCAGCUAAUGGGUAUUUUCACUGACACUACAAGUAUAGAAAAAAUGUCUAACUGUUGUGAAGACAUAUCGAGGCCCCGAAAGCCAUGGCAGCAGACCUUCUCAGAAGUUUUUGGCACUCACUGGAAGAUCCUGUGGUUUAUUCCCUUCAGGCAGCGGCAGCCACUGCGAGUUCCCUACCACUUUGCCAAUCAUGUCUAAACAGAUGGAUGGUGGGCACAGAUGGGUCCUCCGUGCUGGAAGUGCAUUACAGGUUUUAUGAUAAUAGGACUAUGACAGUCUUCAAGUCAAUUAAAAUCCAGUUGCAGGCAUCACAGUGUGCCCCGGGCAUUAUUUUAGUUAUGGUCUUGAUUUUAUUCUGAAAUUGAGGCAAGUUAAACAAUCAACUUCAGGCUUAUUUACUUUCAAAUUAGCUUUCCAAAGGGAUUCCUGUUGUCUUCGAAGUUAAUACCAAAAACAAACAAUUGGAAUGUAGUCUUCAUGCAGUUUGAUACUGGCUCAUCGUCUUUUUUUCUUCCCUUUUAUUUUUUUUUGUUCUUUCUAUUUUUUUGUGUAGAAAGCACUGAAGUUAGAUUUCUCACUAAGUGUCUUACUCUACCAUGAAAUUUUUUUUUAGGAUUUUUAUCAGUAGGUCUGUCUGAAUAAUAAUAAUGUCUUUUUUUCCUGCUGCAUAUGUUUAAAAUUCUGUGUUAUUCUGCCAGUUAUUUAUGAUAUGCAAAAGUAAUCCUGCAGCACUGCACUAUAAAAGGUAACACUGAGAGCUGAAGCAGAGUACUUCCUAAACCUAUCUCACAGAGGUUUUGUAGAGACACACAAAUGUGUGUGUUUACAUAGAGAACAGCUUACAGUUAUCUUCUGGCCUAGAUAUGAUGUUGGUGAAAGUGUUCAUGUCUUUAUGUCAGUGAGAGGGAUUAAAUAUUUCAGGGUAAACUAUGCAGAUACAAAGCAUGUUUUCCCUAAAUCCCAAGGAUUUGAAUCAGCAAUAAUCAAUAAAGUAGUUGCAUGGUGCAAAUACUAGAAUGAUUACUUUUAAAAAAUAUAGAUGUAGUUAGUAUAAUGUGUCAUAAAGAGUAUAUUGUCAAUGAAGUUAAAAAUUUUAUAUUUACUUUUCUUUAGUCUUGAUUAACUGGAAUUGGUCUGUUUGUAUAUUUGAAAUAAAAGUAAUUAAAAUAUUUGUACAUAAAUAUAGAUUUGCUAUUAACAUGAACAGUGAAGUAUAUAAACAUAUUUAAUAGGGUAAUAUGUUGAUGUUGAUAGCUUGUUUUCCCUUUUAAGUAUGGAAGUUGUUAACCAAAGAAAGCGUCUUUUAGAUCUGGUAAAAUGAUAAUUAUUUCCAAAGUACCAGCUCAGUCUUCUGUAUCUGAAAAAGUUUUGCAUUUACUUUAGCCCUCUGUGUCUAUACAAAUAUUAACUUCAGAUGACUGUGAAAACUACUGUGGAUUUCUAGGAGAAAUUCACAGCUCAGUGUUUCCAGUUAUGCUGCUUACUGUGUUUUUUGAAUAGUCU